AAUCAUACAAUAAGCUUUUCAAAUAGCUGCUUCUUUCAUUCAAAUACCUCAUAUCAAAUGCCUGUCAAUACGAGAUCAACCAAUUGUGAAGAAACCCCAGAGAAUCAAACUACUGCACCUGGAUCCUUUCCAACCCCAAUAACCGCGAGAAAACCACCACACAAUAACAAUAAUCAAGAUAACGACAAUAUGGCUGAUGAAGCUGCUGCCUUGAGGCGACGUAUUGCCCAGAUGGAUGAAGAACUACGCCAGAUGAGAGCUUCUAGCAAUCCUACUGCUACAGCUACUGUCAAUGAUGGCAAUGAUCUAAGCCCUGAUCUUGCUGCUUACCUUCAGAAUCAAGGGGAUACCCCUGCACUGAGCAGAGUCCUCCAAGAAUUCCGCGAACGCGUCAAAUACCUCCAAAAACCAGGUCUUCUCAAAUCAACAUCUGAUUACUCCAUUUGGAAGGAAGAGAUCCUGCUUGUUGUCAAGCAAUCUCAUACAGAAGAUAUCCUCACUAGCAAGCCCUUGGAGAAUGCCUCUAAGGAUAUGAAACGAUUCUGGGAGGAACGCAACUCCUGGCUAUACAAUUUUGUAUGGUCUUCUGUUUCUAUUGAAGCCAAAUCUCUUUUUACUAUACCCCAAGAUUCCCUGAGUUCUGCUGCUCUAUGGAACGCCAUAGCAGCAUCCUUUUCAGAAUGGGUGGAAAUCCGCAGAGCCCGCCUGUCCAAGGAAUUCAAUGAUAUCAGUGCAACUGCCACCUAUGAUGGCUUCAACCGCUUGUUCAUAGAACGCCUGCUUGCAAUCCGCGUUGAGUAUAUCCGCCUUGGAUAUGCUAAUAUCCCCAACUUCAUAUUCUUUGACAAGCUCCUCAACGGCCUCACCAAGAAGUGGUCAACCUUUAUCAGAGAUCGCAUGGACUAUGCAGCAAAGGAUGAUAAUGCCACAUCACUAGAAGAUGAUUUCCUUGAUCUCUGCAGGGAUAUACUACUCCGCCUGCCGUUGGAUGACAAAAAUGCCAGAAAUGACACAAAGAAUAACAAAGAUGCCACCAAGGAUGUGAAGGAUAAUAAGAACACCAAGAAGAAAUGCACUGCCUGCAAGAUGGAAGGCCAUGAUGAACCAAGCUGCUGGUUUGAACACCCAGAGAAACGACCUGCGGAUUGGAAGAAUAGAAAGAAGGUCAAUGAUGAUGAUGCCGCUACACCUGUAUGCUACAAUACUGAGCAAGUCUUCUAAUGAUGCU